UCUCUGGCUUGCCUCCUUGUUAUUCAACUCCAGUAGCUGGUCACCAUAAACGGAAGAUACUUGGUUUGCUUUUGCCAAUUCUUCUUGUUGUGGGUUUGAGCAUUGUUGCUGCAGUUGUUGUCAAUAAUGCUUAAUCAUAACAAGAGAAAACCUCAAGAAAAUGUUACUUCUCAAGGAAGGGACCUAUUCUCUGUUUGGAAUUUUGAUGGAAGAUUAGCAUUUGACGACAUUGUAAGGGCAACAGAGGACUUCGAUGAUAAGUACAUCAUUGGAACAGGAGCAUACGGCAAAGUCUAUAAGGCACGACUCCAAGACGGGCAGCUAGUUGCUGUAAAGAAGCUUUAUCAGACUAAAGAAGAGUUGGAUGACCAGAGAAGGUUUCACAGUGAAAUGGAAAUCUUAUCACAGAUCCGACAACGAAGUAUUGUCAAAAUGUAUGGAUUUUGCUCCCAUCCAGCAUAUAAAUUUCUUGUCUACGACUACAUUCAGCAGGGAAGCCUCCACGGGACAUUGGAAAAUGAGGAGUUAGCAAAGGAAUUGGAUUGGCACAAGAGAAUUGCUCUUGCAAAUGAUGUGGCUCAAGCAAUAUCUUAUUUGCACCAAGAAUGCAGUCCACCUAUAAUCCAUCGAGAUAUCACGAGCAACAACAUAUUGCUUGAUACAUCCUUCAAGGCUUUUGUCUCGGAUUUCGGCACAGCAAGGAUUCUUAAGCCUGAUUCAUCAAACUGGAGUGCACUUGCAGGAACUUAUGGCUACAUAGCUCCUGAGUUGUCAUACACAUCUGUUGUGACUGAGAAAUGCGAUGUCUAUAGCUUUGGAGUGGUUGUGCUAGAGCUAGUGAUGGGGAAGCAUCCAAGGGAUCUAUUAGACGGUACUUUGUCAAACGGAGAACAAGCCAUACUGGUGAAAGAUAUCCUAGACCAACGACUGACAACACCAACAACAGAAGAGAAUAGGUUAUCUCGGCUCAUCAAGUUGGCCUUUUCUUGCUUGGAAUCUUCUCCACAAGCAAGGCCAAGCAUGCGGGAGGCAUACCAAAUGCUCAUCGAGCGACCCUCCUCCAGUUCAUGUUCUGUGCCUUUCAGCGCACUUACGUUACAGCAAGUAAGGAUGAGUUGAUGACUUGUUGUAUGUCCAUGUAUUUGUAGCCACUCUCCUGAUAUAGUAAAAGAUACCAUCAUGUGCCCGUGGUUUUUUCCCGCAAAGGUUUUCCACGUAAAAAUUGGUGUCCCGUGUUCUUGAUAU